AGAAGUCAUGUGCAUAAAGUGUCUAUAAAUUCAGCAGCUUCAACAGAAAGCACACAGAAUGAGACAAGGACAUGGAGGGGACUAACCGCCUGAAGGAUAGUUUAUUCCUGCCUCUGUGUUGGACUAUAACUUUCCAAGAAAACUAAUUAGUAAGUGGUGGUAUGCUGGCUGACUCACUUCAAACUGAGUUUAUGGCCCGAGGCAUUUCCACAACAGAACCGCUUCAAAACCCUUGCGUACCUUUUGAGAAAACCUGAACCUUUCCCUCACCCGCGCUUACAGAAAUGGUUGGCAUCAAACCCAAAGACGCGGUGCCCUCUGGGCCAGUUAAGUUCUUCGGAGCGGGCACGGCGGCCUGCAUUGCUGACCUCAUCACAUUUCCAUUAGAUACUGCCAAAGUCAGACUUCAGAUUCAGGGAGAGUCUGUUAAAGGUGAAGGUGCAGUGAAAUAUCGGGGAGUGUUUGGCACCAUCACCACCAUGGUGCGCACAGAGGGGGCCAGGAGUCUUUACAAUGGGCUGGUGGCAGGACUCCAGAGGCAGAUGAGCUUUGCGUCGGUUCGAAUUGGUCUGUACGACUCUAUGAAGCAGUUCUACACCCGGGGCACUGAGAGUGCUGGGAUUGUUACUCGACUCAUGGCGGGCUGUACCACAGGAGCCAUGGCCGUGGCUUUUGCACAGCCAACAGAUGUGGUGAAGGUGCGUUUCCAAGCCCAGGUACGACUGGCUGACGGUGGGAGGAGAUACAACAGCACGCUGGACGCCUACAGGACGAUUGCCCGAGACGAAGGAGUGCGGGGCCUUUGGAAAGGUUGUAUGCCUAACAUCACCCGUAAUGCCAUUGUGAACUGUGCGGAGCUGGUGACCUAUGACCUGAUCAAAGAACUGAUCCUGAAGUACGAUCUAAUGACAGACAACCUGCCGUGCCACUUCACUGCUGCCUUUGGGGCAGGCUUCUGCACAACAGUAGUGGCUUCUCCUGUGGAUGUAGUCAAAACAAGGUUCAUGAACUCAGCAGAUGGCCAGUACAGGAGCGCCAUCAACUGUGCCAUCAUCAUGGUGAGAAAUGAAGGACCGUCAGCCUUCUAUAAAGGGUUCAUGCCUUCUUUCCUGCGACUAGGGUCUUGGAACAUUGUGAUGUUUGUGACGUAUGAACAAAUCAAAAGACAUAUGACCAGGGCACAGCAGUACUGGGAGUCGCCGUUAUACUUCUGGAAAAUGGUUGGAUUUGGACCUGCAGAUGUGCCUCCAUCGGCAGCGGUGAAAUUUGUGGGAGCAGGAACUGCAGGCUGCAUUGCUGACCUGCUCACCUUCCCCCUGGACACAGCCAAAGUGCGGCUGCAGAUACAAGGGGAGGCUUCAGCUGCUGCGGGGAAGGAGUCUGCACUGAGGUAUCGGGGAGUGUUUGGCACCAUCACCACCAUGUGGCGUACAGAGGGGCCCCGGAGCCUUUACAGUGGACUGGUGGCAGGACUCCAGAGGCAGAUGAGCUUCGCCUCUGUCCGCAUUGGUCUCUACGACACUGUUAAACAGUUCUACACUAAAGGCUCUGAUCAUGCUGGUAUCGGCAGUCGGCUGCUGGCAGGAUGUACCACUGGUGCCAUGGCGGUUGCUUUUGCUCAGCCUACAGAUGUGGUGAAAGUUCGCUUCCAGGCACAGGCCAGGUCUGCUGGGCAAGCCAGGCGCUAUGGUGGCACCAUUGAUGCUUACAAGACCAUCGCUAAGGAAGAAGGCCUUCGUGGUCUGUGGAAAGGUACAGCUCCAAACAUAGCACGAAAUGCAAUUGUGAACUGCACUGAACUGGUGACGUACGAUUACAUCAAGGACACACUCCUUAAGUCCACUCCACUGACAGAUAAUCUGCCCUGCCACUUUGUAUCAGCCUUCGGAGCAGGGCUUUGCACAACAGUGAUUGCCUCUCCAGUUGAUGUGGUCAAGACGAGAUAUAUGAACUCUCCUCCCGGCCACUACACCAGCGUCCUCAAGUGUGCUGCUGCCAUGAUGAGCAGAGAGGGACCACUUGCUUUUUAUAAGGGGUUCAUGCCAUCUUUCUUACGCCUGGGCUCCUGGAACGUGGUGAUGUUUGUGACAUACGAGCAGCUGAAGCGAGCCAUGAUGGCAGCGAAUCACAACUACACGUCUCGACUGUAACUGUUAUUGUCUGUCAGACUUAGCACAGCUGUGUUGUUUACACAUUUCUUACUUUUGUUGCUUUCAAGUGCAUAUUUCAACUCAAAGUUUUGUACAAAUGAUGAUACUUAUACUUGAUAAUUCUCUUCAUGACCACAUUUAUCAGCCACAGCAUAGCAACACAUGUUCUACAAUGGGAUCAGUCUUUCAAAGUAAGAGCUUGUCUGAUCAGGUGCUUCCUCUCGGCAGAGAGCUUCGCAGGAAACUGGAUGUCAAAAGUAAGGAUGAGGUUCCCUCUCUGAGAAGGAUCCUGGGACAGCGGCAUUCCCUCUCCACUCACCACUUUGUUGUACGAAGGGCUGAUGUGUAUGAAAUAAAACCAGAGAAGAAAGAUGGCCAUUUAUGCAGAUGACGCACAAACCAGAAACAUAUCCUGUACAGUUUAUAUAAAGUGAUUGAAUUUCUUACAA